AUGUGUAGAGCUGGGAGGCUUACUGAUGCCAAGGAAUUGUUUUCUAGGCUUUUUGAACAAGGUUUAAAACCUGAUGUUUAUACAUAUAGUAUAAUAAUAAAAGGACUUUGCAAUGAAGGUUUACUAGAUGAAGCAUACAAAGUCUUUAGAGGAAUGGAAGAGUGUGGAUGUUUAAUGGAUGGUUGCCGUUAUAAUGUGAUUAUUCAAGGGUUUCUCUGCAUAAAGAUAUACCAGGCAACACUACUUAUUGAUGAAAUGGUUGAUAAAGGAUUCUCUGCAGAUGCCACCACCUUUGAAUUGAUGGACGAGGAAAUCAGUGCAAUCAGUGCAUGUGGUGGUUUUUAUCUUGCCAGCAUUGUGGCCUGUGAACAUAUUGUUCUUCUUCAUUAUAGAGACAUCAUGAGCUUGGAUCUAGCUGUUCUGCUCCAGGUACAAGUCCUUGUUCUACCAUUCAAGAACAAGGAACUGCCUUUGAUUUUACAUCUGAUGAUGGAAGCACUGAUGGAAAAUCUGAAAGCUCUUCUCGUUGAUGGCUUUCUUCUCGGACUGGGAUUGUGGGAAGCAAGGCGACCUGGAAUUGCACUAGAAGUUUUCAAGAACAUGUGUUCUCAUGGUCAGCAGCCAGAUAAAGUGACUUUUUCAAUCAUUCUUGAUGGCUUGUGCAAACAAGGGUAUCUUGAUGAGGCACUCACACUAUUUAAAGCGAUGGAUUGUGUGAGUUUUACAAUUUUGAUUGAUGGUAUGUGCAAAGCUGGGAGGCUUAAUGAUGCCAAAGAACUAUUUUUUAGGCAUUUUGAAAAAGGCUUACAGCCUAAUGUUUAUACAUAUAGUACAAUAAUAAAAGGCCUUUGCAAAGAAGGAUUAUUAGAUGAAGCAUACAAAGUUUUUAGAGGAAUGGAAAAGAGUGGAUGUGUACCAAAUGGUUGCUGUUAUAAUGUGAUUAUUCAAGGGUUUCUCAGGCAUGAGGAUGUAGCAAAGGCAACACAGCUUAUUGAUGAAAUGGUUGAUAAAGGAUUCUCUGCAGAUGCCACCACCUUCGAAUGUUUUUCACCCUUUUUCCAUACAGGAAAUCAGUGCAUGUUGUGGUUUUUAUCUUGCAAGCAUUUUGAUCUAGCUCUUGUGCUUCAGGUGCAAGUCCUUGUUCUACCGUACAAGAACAAGGAACUGCCUUUGAUUUUACAUAUGAUAAUGGUACAGAUUGGGAAUUCUGUGUCUUUGUAG